AUGGUUGAACUUCGCGAACAUCUUUUGUGGCUCUUGAGGGGUGGGCAAGCGCAUAUCGGUUUUGAGCGAGCAGUCGCGGAUCUUCCGCCGCAUUUCCGUGGGAGCGUGCCUGCCAAUCUCCCCUAUUCACCAUGGCGAAUCGUGGAACACAUGCGAAUUGCUCAGACGGAUAUAUUAGAGUUCUCCCGCAAUCCCGAUCAUGUUUCUCCCGACUUUCCGGAUGGUUACUGGCCGGAAGGAGUUACGCCUCCGAACGAGGCGUCGUGGGAUGCCAGCAUUGAUUCGUUUCUGAGUGACGCUGGAGAAUUGCAGGCCUUAAUCAUGAGCCCAGAACAAGAUCUGAUAGAACCCUUCGCAUGGGGCGAUGGUCAGACACUUCUAAGAGAAGCGUUACUGGUAGCCGACCACAACGCGUAUCACAUCGGUCAAUUGAUUGCGGUGAGGAGGGCUUUAGGCUUUCAGUUACUGAUUGAAUCCCUGCCUACCAUCGUGUGGACCCAAUCCGCCUCUGGCACACGGCAGUUUCAUACCGACAACUGGUAUCUUGUCACCGGCCAAUCCCGAGAACGGUCGGCUGGAAAUGACUGGCAAGCGUCUGUCUAUCCCGACGAUGUGAAACACAUCUCCGCACGAUUAUCUUCAAGUUUAGACAAGAGCGACAAGUACGACGUCGAAGUACGAUAUCGGCUUUCUUGUGGUGAGUAUCGGCGGUACCGAGAACGAGCGGUGCCAAUUUUGAACGAAACCGGCGAGCUUGACCAUUGGUUCGGGGUCAGCACUGAGAUCGCAAGCAAAUCAUCACUUCCGGUUCAUGCGGACCGAGACGCACUUCUGCACGCUAUCUUCGACAACGUGCCCGAGUGCGUGAAAGUGUUUGACAGGGAAGGAAACUUCCAACUCAUGAAUCGAGCUGGCCUGGCCAUGGUUGAAGUCGAGUCAUUCGAUGAACUUCAGGGCCAAUCCGCCUUGUCUUGUAUCGCACCAGAACACCACUCCGCCAUCGAAUCACUCAACCAAACUGUGUUAGGGGGAGAUUAUGCCCAUACCGAGUAUGACGUCAUCGGACGGAAGGGCUCUCGCCGGAACGUGGAAACGCACGCGCUCCCGUUGUACGACUCCAACGGAGAUGUCACCGGUAUUCUCAGCAUCACACGAGAUUUAACCACAGAACGGAAUGCAGAAAGGGCCAUUCGCGAGAGCCACGAUCGUCUUAGACGGAUGGUGGAAGAAUUGCCUGCUGGUGCCAUCUGUAUCGAGGGCGAGUCAAUAUUCUUCAACCGGGCCACUGAGGAAAUGCUCGGUUACUCCUUGGAAGAAGUGAAGACGCUCGACAAAUGGUUUUCGCUACUGUAUCGCGAAAAGAAGAAUGAGGUGCGUCAACUCUACGAGGACGAUAAGCGGAAUGCAUUCCCUGUGCGGAGAGAGAUUGAGGUCAUCUGCAAAUCAGGGCAAGUAAAGACCGUCGAGUUCGCAGGUUAUGGGGAUGCCCAGGGCGAGCUUUGGGUCGUUCACGAUGUGACCGAAAGAAAAAAAGCUGAAGAAGCGGUCAAGCAGCGCGAACGCGAACUCUCGACACUACUCAGCAACCUGCCCGGCGCCGCAUACCGCUGCCGAAACGAUGAGCACUGGACGAUGGAGUUCAUUAGCAGUGGCUGUAAAGGGGUGUGUGGCUACUCGGCGGCUGAAUUAACCAGCGGUAAACCGACCUGGGCAGAGUUGAUGCAUGUGGACGAUCGAGAAUCUGUGUGGGAGUUGGUUCAGGAAAGUCUAGCGGCCAAGCAGGCCUUUCAGAUUAUGUAUCGCAUUCAUCACUGCCAUCGCGGUGAACGGUUUGUGUGGGAGCAAGGAAGAGGCAUCUUUUCGAGUGAUGACCAACUCGAAGCGAUCGAAGGAUUCUUGACCGACGUCACCGAGAUGGAGCACAUGAAGCAACAACUCGUGCAGAGCGAACGCCUGGCAGCAAUGGGGAAGAUGCUGUCAGCACUCGCUCACGAGAGUCGAAACGCCCUACAGAGAAUUCAGUCUGGCGUAGAAAUGCUGAAGUUCGAAUUUGAGGAAGAAUCUGAAUCUUACCAAGACCUGCGACGGAUAGCUGGUGCCCGAGAGGAUCUUGAGCGGCUUUACGAUGAAAUGCGCAGCUUUGCGGCACCAAUGAAUUUGAAGACAUGCAAUUCCGACCUUGCUGGAAUCUGGAAUCGAGCUUGGUCCCAUCUCGAGCCCGUUUGGAAGUCGCGUGAGGUUCGGUUGGUCGAAAUGCGAAACGACGUAGACCUCACGGUGACGGUCGACUCUUUCCGCUUGGAACAGGUUUUCCGGAACUUGUUGGAAAACGCGUUAGCUGCCUGUAGCGAUCCGGUUGAGAUUAACAUCUCGUGUGCCAACUCUGACAUUCAGGGCGUACCGGCGGUGUGCGUUACGUUGCGCGACAACGGUCCUGGCCUUACCGAGCAGCAGCGAGAACGCAUCUUCGAAGCCUUUUACACGACGAAACAUAAAGGCAGUGGUCUUGGCAUGGCAAUUGCAAGCAGGAUAGUUGAGGCUCAUCGUGGUGCGAUUGAAGUGCGCAACUCGACCAACGGUGGAGCCGAGUUCCUCUUGACCAUUCCACGGGCCCACUCGUGA